UAGUCGUCCAAUCUGAAAAGCAAAAAUGACGUUUGUGAUGCACCUGUGUUUUAUUUUAUUUAAUUCAGUUAAUGGUUCUUUAAAAACGCAAUAAGUUAAUAAGAAAAGUGAGAAUGUUUACUUCAUGUAUAAGCCGUCAUCUAAAACUAACCAUCGGCAAUAAAACGAACUCAUAAUUCACUUAAAGGGUUUCAAACCAUGUUAUUGUGUGACUAUUUUCAAGGGUAGUUGAAGUUAAUUUAUAAGCAUGGAUGAGAAGAGAGUGGCGGAUUACUUCGUAAUCGCGGGGCUGCCCGAGACCCCGGAGUUACUGGACGAUUCUGACUCUGGACAUCUGAAGGGAUACAGUACAAAAGCACCAAUAACAGACAUCAGUGUCGUGUUCCCGAGUUUCGGCGAAACCGUUCCCAAUGGUUACGAACUGAUCGAGACAACGCCGAGUGGACUACCCGCUGACCUCAACCAUGGCUCAAUACGGACGCCAGAGUGUUUCAUCUGCAUACGACGGGGGCGGGACAGAGCGCCGCUGGUUGAUAUCGGCGUCAUGUACGAAGGCAAAGAGCGUCUCAUGGCCGACGCUGAAAUGGUGCUCGAGUCCGUCGGCCAACGUCUAGCCAACGUCAACAACUCCACAGCGAAGACGUUCAUAACGUACCGACGGGCACACGCCGGCGCGCCGUGCAACGCGCUGGUGGUGGUCGAUGUGUGCGUGAUUAUAGCCAGCAAGGGAGAAUGCCCGCCGCACGCCUUCUGUAUGAUCGCCAAGAACCUUAACAAAGGUCUGAUGGGCAGCGACGUUUUUCUCUGUUACAAGAAGUCAAUGAACCGUCCACCUUUAAUAGCUUACAAGCCAGAAGUACUAUUUAGGUAUCCAAUGACCGAGCGUCGCAGCCUCGCCUUCCCCACGUCCGUGCCAUUAUUCUGUCUGCCCAUGGGCGCCACUCUGGAGCUGUGGCCGACCAACGCCGCCACACCUAAGCCUGUCUUCUCCACCUUUGUGCUCACAGUCGCCGAUGCCACUGACAAGGUAUACGGUUCAGCGGUGACGUUCUACGAGACCUACCCCCACAGUCAACUCACGGAAAGCCAAAUGGAGCUCCUAGGCUGGCGGCUCGGGAUCUCACACACCACACACUCCGUCCACGUCAGCAAGAGCAUCUGCCUGCUGUCCCGGUGGCCGUUCAGCGAUACCUUCGAGCGGUGGUUGCUGUAUAUACUUGAAAUGUCGUGGAGUAAACAACCGCUAACUAUACCAAUAGAGAGAUACAUAACACAUUUGUUGGAAGAAGUGCCAUUCCCCGAGCCCAGGAUAUUGCUGCAGUUGUCACCGACAAACGCGAGCGACCGGGUGAUAGUGACGCGACGCGACGACCAACCUUUGGUGCGGAGCGGCGCGGGGUUCCGACAGUUACUGCUCAACCUGGGCCCAGACAACUGCCAGCUCCUGCUGGCUUUAGCCAUUACUGAGCAGAAGAUUCUCAUACACUCACUCAGACCGGAUACCCUGACUGCAGUCUCAGAAGCCGUCUCAAGUCUACUGUUUCCGUUCAAAUGGCAGUGCCCUUACAUACCACUCUGUCCUUUAGGUUUAGCAGAAGUAUUACACGCGCCGUUGCCAUAUUUAAUCGGUGUUGACUCGAGAUUCUUUGAUCUCUACGAACCUCCGCCCGACGUGACGUGUGUCGAUUUAGAUACCAAUAAUAUUACAAUAUGCGAGUCACAACGCCACAUAUCAAUCAAACUGUUACCCAGACGACAAGCGAAAGCUUUACGGCAAACUUUAGAAGUAUUAUACAGCAAUAUACGACCGGCAUCACCCGUCCACCACUCCGGAAACAGUAAAUACAAUGGCGAACCCACAACGAGUUUAGACAGAGACUUCCAAAGAAGAAAGAAGGAGUACGCCCUAGAACUGGAGAUCCAAGAGGCGUUCCUCCGUUUCAUGGCGGUGACGCUGCAGGGGUACCGCGCGUACCUCAUACCCAUCACGAAGGCGCCCACUGUUGGGACCACGGACCCCCACGCCCUGUUUCAUAUGGACGCCUUCAUACGGUCAAGGGACAAGACGCAACAACGCUUUUUCACACUAAUGAUGCGAACGCAGAUGUUCACGCGUUUCAUCGAAGAACGUUCGUUCGUGUGCGACGUGGACCAAGGACUGCCGUUCUUCGACGAGUGUAUAGAACGAGUCGCGUGCGGCGACAGCGGCUCGCUGCUGGGCACGGACACGAGCAACGCGUCCGAGCGGACCGUGUUCGUGCUGCCGCCGAACCCGUUAGAGGACGGUGAAACCUACACGUACUCCAAAUUCGAAUUGGACCCGGCGCUGCUGGCGAAGUGCGGGCCGGGGCGCGGGGGCGGCGGCGGGGGCGGGGGCGGGGGCGGGGGCGCGCCGGCCCCCGGCCCCGGCGCCGGCGCGCUGCAGGCCGCCGCGCGCUCGGCGCUCGCGUCCGCCGAGUCGCUCGGCGACGCCUCCCCCAUGGCCAGGCGGACCAAGCAGGAGAUCGCCGCGGCACAGAGAUUGGCGCGCAAAGCCAGCCUGUCACCCGAAGCGUGGGCGAAGUGUCUCCUCGGCGCGUGCUACUCCCUGUAUUUCCUAUCGCUCCCGAGCCGAAUGAUGCUCCUCCGCGGCAAGGAACAGGCCACUCUGACAGCGGCCUACGAACUACUGGAGAAGGCGACGAAGUUGCGGGUGCCUUGUGACGAAGUAUGCUACCGCGUCAUGAUGCAACUGUGCGGCAUCCACUCCCUGCCGGUAUUUGCCGUGCGUCUCCUCUUCCUGAUGAAGCGCGCCGGCCUGCAACCUAACGCGCUCACGUACGGCUAUUACAACCGCUGCGUUCUCGAGGCGCCGUGGCCGCAUGACAUGCCCAGUGGUUCUCAACUGCUGUGGAACAAGCUUCGCAUAGCGGUGAUGGGCGCGGCUCUGUUCCGAAAAGCAGGCGCUCAGCGGGCCAAUCGCGCUGCCGGCUCGGGACUCUCGUCUGGAAGUGUAGGCACGCUGCCGCGAGUGGUAUCCGCGGCGGGCAUGGACGGCGACUUGAGCGGGCUCGCCUUGGCCGCGUGUGAACCCGCACACAGCCGGACUAGUCUUGACGAAGCGAGUGCGCGCGAAAUGGAAGCCGCGUCAUCAGCAUUCGAGGCACUAGUGCGGCGCGGCAACAUCGUGCAGCAACAACCCGCCAGGCCGCAUAAACAUGCGCUCUCCACCGCUGCCGGCAUACUCAUAUCAGGCUUACCUUCAAAUCCAGACUUGUGUGAAGCGGCGCGACCGAGAAGUAAUUCAUUAGGAAAUGAUGACACAACGAAUAGCGUUACGAUAACUGAAAAACGACAGACGAUACACGUGAGCCCGGACAGUCCGUCGGACCUUCGAAUAUUGACGCGGUCCGAGAGCUUCGCUGGGGACGCGCAAAUUGUACAGAACUUGCAGAGGCUUUCGUUUUCUAGCAGUACAUCGAAUGUAAAGUCUCGGUGUUCGCGAACACUGAGUUUCCCCGAGGAGCCUGAAAAAGAGGAGGCGGCGGCCGAGCCCUCUGAGGAACCAGAAGGGUCUCCACUAAAGUUAUCCCCCCGCACGCCGGUGCUGGCGGACGACCCGCUGGGCGCGCUGCGCGGCCCCGCGCCGGAGUCGCCGCCCCCCGCGGCGCCGGCGCGCGGCGUCCCCGCCCCGCCGCGCCGCGAGUACUCCGUCAGCCCCAAGCUGUUCCACCGCCGCAGCGACUCCUUCCAGGACGACGCGCCGCCCGACCAUGGGAAACUACACAGGAGCGAGACAGUCCCCGCCGGCACAGUGUCGUCCAGCCUCGCCAGCCUUGGGAACACGCUCAAGAUCAGCUUCGGACGCUAUUCGCCCGGCCGGUUGUCUUUACGCAAAGAGAACAUGAACAUCGGAAAGGCGAUUGUUGAAAACUACUUCAGUCCCACAAGCAUAGCGGGCAAGAAAUCCAACGAGCUCCUGCAGAGCGGGCUCUCCAGCCUUAAGUCCGCCGCCACGAGUAUGGCGAAGAAGUUCGACGAGAUGAAAGAAGUCAUAUCCGCGAACUCGACGCCUGUGAAGGGGGCCAUUGGAAACGCUACCAGCGCGCUAACGAGUUUCAUGGAGGACGAUUCUACGGAUGGCUCGUCGGAGAUUAAUCCGGAUGAAUGGACGGGCGGCAUGCAUUUCAGGAGAGCGUCGAGCGACGCGGAACUAGCGUGCGCUAUGGAGCGCGGCUCACUAGCCACCCUGCUCUCGCAUUUACCGGACAACCUGUAUCCACAACAAGCGGAAAACACAAACACAUCGGCCACAGUAACAGCCCACUUGUGCUCGUGCUCGCAAUGCCACCAAUGCUACGCGCUGCUAUACGACGAGGACAUCAUGGCGGGCUGGGCGGCCGACGACUCCAACCUGAACACGCGCUGCACCGCCUGCGGCCGCCACACCGUGCCGCUGCUCUCCGUGCAGAUAAUGCGCGAGGGUCAGACGCAAACGGAAACUGUCAGCGUGCCUUAUUUAAAUCCAUUGGUGCUAAGGAAAGAAUUCGAAUCUAUAUUAGGUAGAGAAGGAGACUCGUGUCUCCUGGAGAAGGAGUUCGUGGAAUCGCACCCGAUCGUGUACUGGAACCUGGUGUGGUACCUGGAGCGUGCCAACAUCGAGAGCCACCUACCGGACCUGCUGUGUACCAACUACCCGGCCAUGUACCAGGGCGAUGUUCCUGAAGAAAACAGCGGGUGCCAAGUAGUGUGCAGCUGGGACUUGGUGCGGCUGCACGGCGAGGCGGGCACGGCGCUGCACCGCGCGUGGCGCCUGCAGCGCGCGCAGCAGCAGCGCUCGCGCGCGCUGCAGGCGCUGCUGCUCACCGACACCGCGCAGGCCAACAAAGUGGUGCUGGCGGUCCUGGACGGGCUGCUAAGCAACGACUUGGUCGACGCGCUGCGGCGGCUCGCCGCGUGGCGGGAGAACACCACUGGCAACAAGCGAUACCAUUCAUUUUUCAGAGACAUACUGUUCCUCGCGAUGGCCGCGCUCGGUGAAAACAACAUCGACCUGAUCGCGUUCCAGCGCGAAUAUUCGCGCGCGAUCACACAGCUCGGAGGCUCGCUGCGUCCACACGACUACCCGCCCACGCCUACCGCCGUGUGCUGCCGGCAUUACUUCCGGCGCCUGCGGCUCGCGCAGGAGGACUGACCGAGGGCGCUGCGCGGCCGAGCCGAGCGAGGACUCUUAUAAACAUGAGUCUGCAUGUAAGAUUCAUUGAAUGUAUUAUACUGUCUGCGAAACAAACUGCUGACCGGGGUCCUAUAACUUCUCAUUCACACUGACAUGGUCAUAGCAAGACUGGAAGAGGCAGUAAUGUGACUCUUAUAGUGUAAAAUCAAAUUCGUGUCGCUUUGAAUUUGACAGCUAAUAAUAUGUAUAGAUGGUGUUGUACGGCUCCAUGAGUAAGUCUGAUUGUCAAAAGUUGACGAUUAACAAUUCAGUUACCACAAAACCUAUGUAAACUUAUGUAUGUAGGCGAGGGCCUUACAGCGCCAUCUUCUUCGGCUGCCAUAAUAUGAACCUUUGCAUCAGUCAACGUCAAAAAUAUGCAUGCACUCGCCUUAAAAUAAAUAUAUAAAAGUGUAAUCAUAUUCUUGACCGCACGAAAGCUCCUCAUGUACGUUGACAUCGACUAAUAGUUCAGUCAUUAUAUCCAAAAAACCGACCCUACCCGUGAAUAAUUAGUUCUUGGAUUUUUUUUCGUAGGUUCCUCGGGGGGGUCAUUGGGAGUAUAAAUUCAAAAAGUAGACUGAAUCAGGCUCCUGCGUAUAUUCGAAAAACGGUUUUUCUUGAAUAACCCGGCCAUUUUUGAUUUUACAGUAAAACCGUGAGGACAAAAAUUGUAGGAAAUUUGAUUCUCUACAAGUUUGGUCCUCACAAUUUUUCUUCUAGGAUCGAUAUUUUGGAAAUUAGUAUUUGAAAAAAAGCGACAAAGUCAAAAUUUAAUUCUCUACAAGUUUAGUCCUGUUCAUUUAUGCCGUAAAGUUGAAAAUAAACAAGAUGAUGAAAAUGUUUUGAAUUUGUCGCUUUUUCCAAUUUAAUUUCCAAAAUAUCCACCCUAGAAGAAAAAUUGUCAGGACCUAACUUGUAGAGAAUCAAAUUUCCUACAAUUUUUGUCCUCACGGUUUUACUGUAAAAUCAAAAAUGGCCGAGAUAUUCAAGAAAAACCGUUUUUCGAAUAUACGCAGGAGCCUGAUUCAGUCUACUUUUUGAAUUUACACUCCCAAUGACCCCCCCGAGGGACCUACGAAAAAAAAUCCAAGAACUAAUUAUUCACGGGUCAAAAUCUAAUGACUGAACUAUAAAAGAGAUUGGUAAAAACACGACAUCCGUCCUUUUCUCACUAUUUUAUUAGCUUAAGGAUGUUUUUGUGUGGAAGUGUGUCGUGUACUUUAAUAUUAAACUACUUUACAGGUGUAGUGCAUAAUUGUUUUUCAUCGUAUUUCUUGGAAACGUUCGUAUUUGUCGUGCUACUUACUUCAGUCAACCUCAGUACUUUUUGUACCGACACUGACUGAAAUAGCAAGACUCGUUCUUACGUUUCCGUGAAAAUACGAUGGAAAAUAAUUAUGCACUACAGUAUCUACAUAUGACGUGUCAAGAAGAAAAUGGCAAUGUGUUCCGAGUAUGGCAAAAGAAUAGACAAUAAGUCCUGCUUGUAUGCACCUAAAUGUAUGAGGCAUGACGAUUAUUGAUUUUAAAAUCUUCAGAAUAUUAGUUAUAAUGAAAUAUGACGACGACGACAUAGAUAUACCUAUAAUUUUUGGGCAUACUCAUUCAUACUCUUUCCUAUCAAAAGAGGCCCAGCCACACAACGCAGUUACAAACCAAGAGAAUUGCUGACAUCUUGAAUAAAAUAAGUAAAACAAUUCACAUAUUGAAAAUUCGAUUUCAAUGCAUCUAAAAGCUAUCUUCACCUUGACUUUUCAAAUUAAAUGUAAAUUUUAUGGCACGUGCUACGCAUACGUAGGUGGAGUUUUAGAGCUUUAAUAGGGAUAUGUAUGCAUUCUUACUGCCAAGUUUGUGCAAAGUUAACGUGGUCAGAUAUACCCUACUGUAGCUGGGUAAAAAAAUCAAAAUCACAUCACGACCGCAUGUUGUCGUCUAAACUAAAACCUUUCGGGUUGCAUAUCGGAUAGUGUUAGAAAUGUGGGUGCUACGGACAAAGUGAUUCGGAUAGCCAUACUGAAAUAAAAUUGUACAUAUUUCAAUUGUAUAUAUUGAUAAAUCUUCGCAUUUCGCAUUCUUGAUUGCAGACAACUGUAUCACAGUCAACAUGAAGCGGAUCAAUCAAUAUUUAAUAUCUGUCAAAAUUACAUAAUGAUAGAAGUAUUGCUUCUGGAGAGGAAUUCACUUCAUUUUGUCUUCGCUUUUUAUAUAUGUUAUAUGUAUAGUUCAAGUAGAUAUAUUGCUUUUGAGUGAUUUCACUAAACAGUUAAAUUCGUAAACGAAUGGUACGUAUUAUUCUAUGUAUUCUAGUCGCAUUAUUUGUCACGAACUAGAAAGUUUUGGAUGUUAUCUUUAAUAUUGGGCACUGUCGUUUUGUAUGCAUUGUUUUAAAUUAAAUGCACUAGAACUAGAGAAUCUAUAGUAACAAUAUUAUUUUGUAGUUAAAGAGGAAGGGAGAGUUUCUAUAUUGGGUCCUUUCUCGCGUUAUUAAAUAAAAAUAAAUAAAUAUGUAAUACAAUGCCAAUGGGCAUGAUACUGACGAACUUGGAAGUUUAAUAAACUAUUUCUGCACGAUUUGUAUAUAUUUUUUACAAAUAAUGCGACUGCCAAAAUUCAAAAGUAUUCAUGAAGGUGUCAAUAUAGCUAUAUUAAUGUUUUUACAUUAAAUAAACUGCUUUUGACAGUAAUGUAUAAUAAACUAAAAUAUAUACAAUUUGUUAAACAAAUAAAUGCAUACUACAGGCCUAUAAUAAUCCUUUGGCCUACAAUAAAUUGGAUAUCUGGGACCCGUUUUUCAAAAGCUUGUAACUUGUAAUACAAGUGGAAGUCUCUUUCUAACAAGAUCUGUCAAAAAGUGACAUCCGCUUGUAUUACAAGUUACAAGCUUUUGAGAAACGGGUCCCGUGUGAUUUAAAUGAUAAUGUCAUUAAAACUGUUCUUUUAACCAUUGUAAUAUUUCUCACUGACAUUAAGUUUUUGUACUCAAUACUCAAUGAUAGUAAUACAUGAAGAGUUGAUGCAUACACAAUAUUUUUACGGAUAUAAUCCAGUGUUUAAAGGUUUUUCUUUGACAAAUUUUAUUCUUAAUUAAGGAACAUUUGAAUCAACAUGAGACUUAUUUUGAUGAUGUAGAUUUUAAAGACAUGAGGCAAUUUUAUGGCAAUAUUAUAGUUUUUAACAUAACAGUUAAGUAUGUUGCCAAGCGUGGAAAUGGAUGUAUAUUUUGGCAUGUUGUGGAAAACUGUAUAUUCAAUGGUUUUAGCUUAUAUUUAUUUGCCUCGAGUGAUCAUUAUGAGCCAUAUUUUAUGUUCCAAUCAAUGUUGUACAAUCAUAUAGUCAUUCAGAUAUAUUUUUACAUUUAAAUAUGCUGUAAUAACAUUUAGUCUGAUCAAAGGUUUUGUUAUAAUUAAGAUCUUGUAGAAUUGUGUAAAAUACAUGCAAUUUAUAUCAAUACACUAUGUUAGUUGCAACAUAAAAGUAUUGAUAAAAAAGUAGUUAUUUUAUUUUGAUUGAGAAGUAUAAUGAAAACAUAUAAUUUUUAUAUAAAAAUAUAUAAAUAAGGCUUCA